AUGCUGAUCAGGUGUCUCAACGGGUGUACCCGUAUUUAACCCGUGUUUCUGAGGUUAUUUUAGUCUCAGUUGGGCUAAAACGGGGGAACAACGGGUGUAAGAAAAAUAUGUAACCCAGCUGGGCUAAAGCGGGGUCUCAGUUGGGCUAAAAAUUGCCAAAAGUUCUAUCAGCUGGGCUUUUACGGGUUUAAUACGGGGGCACCCGCGGAGACCCCGUGUUAGCACGGCGGGGUUACCCUGCUCAGCAUGCGAGAGUGCAAAGGGUUCAGUGACGUCACGGUCUGAGUGACGUCAUGAAAUCGAGAACAAAGAGACGCGCGAAAGCACUGGAUUUGAAAAUUUAUGAAAGAAUUGUUUUUGAGAGAAGAGGUUUUGGUUUUGAGUCUCUUCUUCCUAUCAUAAAUUCAAAUCCAUGAAAACAAUAAAUUUAAUGAUUUAGAAAAAAAGCUGUACGCCUUUAUAAAAAAAUGAAACAAAGUGAAUAGUUUCAAACGAAACGCAUUAAUGUCGGAGAGCAUACCUUUACUAAAAUAGAAUUUUUCUUGUAAAAAAAUUUGAGAGAACAAAUUAGCAAAUAUCUAAAUAUUUUUAAUAAACAAAUUUGAAAAGUGAAAAAUUUUUGGGAACGAGAAAAAAAUAAUUAACGUCAAUUUUGCUCGAAUGACAAUUUGGCGCGAAAUUUGAAUUUUUUUCCGAUUGAAACUGAUUUUUUUGUAAAAAAAUUAAUCAAUUUCAGAAUUUCCCUGCUUUGAUUUCUAAUACGAACUGCGACGGUUCUACUUGUCUACAUUGGGCGGCGCGAUGCGGAUCAGCAGAAGCAGUUAAAUUGUUAGUUUUCUUUUUUUAAUAACAGUGGAAAGGCUGCGAAAAAACCGAAAAAAAUAAAAUUCAAAAAAAAAACUCAGAGAGAAAAUUUUUCUUCUGGAUUUUUUAGAUAAACGCUCUCUAAAUUUUGAGACUAUUUUUUUUCGUGAAGAAUGAGAGCUCUUUUAAAUUACGUAGCAUGCUAGAGGAGAGUCAGCCGAAUGAAAUUAACGUCGCAAAAGAAACAAGAACACGGGAGAGGAGGAUUGAUUUCACAAUAAAAUAUGAUUCACAAAGGUCUAUUUUUAGCUGUCUUUUUGAUAUAGAUCUGAAAUAAAUGUUUUUUUCUUGUUUUGCAGAAUCCUUUCUUAUGACUACCCGGCGAGUAUCGUUCGCGAAAUCGACACUGUUGGUGCUCCAGCUUUUUUACACGCGAUCGACGUGAACGAAGGCGACGGCGAGUGUCGGACCGCCAUGUACCUCGCCGUUGCAGAAAACCAUCUCAACGUAGUUCAGGCGAUGCUCGAAGUCCGUCAGAUUAUUUUAAAGUUUUUAUGGGGAACAUUAGCUAUAAGAUGGUAUCAAAAUCGAAGUUAUUGGAUGAGAUUCAAAAACAGCGUUGCGGUCCCUUGUUUUGAGAGUGGAAGUCUAGGGAGAAACAAGUUCCAGUUUUAUGAAAUAUGGAACAAAACAGCUCCACGAAAAUGUUAAGAAAAAAUUAGUCAUUAUCAAACAAUUUCCACAUUCGGUUUUCUCGGAAUUGUGCCGAGUCUAAAUCAGCUUCAAAAGUGAAAUGUGCACAUUUUUUUUUCCAAAUCUUUCAUCCUCAAGUUUUGCAGUUCACUAGUGACUCUGUGGAUGGAGUUCGACGGUGUCCUUUUCAAGUCGACGUUUACUGUACCCGCGGAAGGACGCCGCUUAUGUUGGCUGCCUAUAACCACUCACUUCAAAUGCUGAAGUUAGUUUCAAGGGACUGGUCAGGAGUUUUCAUUUCAUUUCAUUCUUUCAUUCCAAGAAGAACCAAUAGUAACUCUGAAAUUCAAUUCGAAAAAAAGUUUACCUCAAAUCUUAAUAGUUUUUCUAUUGCAACAGAAAAUUCUAAUUAUCGCAUUGAAUCAAAAACAAAACAAUAACGUAUUUUUCAAUCCCACCACGAAUCAUUGCAAUUGCUCUGCACAACUGUGCAAAUAGUUGAAAUUUCUGCACGAAAUUUUUGUCUGUUUCUACUUCCCAGUGUUUUCCAAGUAUCCCUUAUUCAUGUUCUAUUCACAAUGAUUGCUUCCCUUUUGGCCCAGGCGGAUUUUGAUAACGAGUGGGUCUUCUCAUCCUUCAAACUUUACUCAAGGAAGAUAAUACGUUGCAGUUUGUUACUGGACGCAGGGGCCGAUAUAAAUUUGCCGCUGGCCGUUUUGGAUUCUGAACAGAGUGUAGAAGAAGGAAGGUGUAUAGGUCGGUUAUCGAACAGUACAAGAUGGAUUUCUGAUCUAUUCGUUUCAGGAUCUGGUGCCUUAGUAGAAGCAGUCCGUUCUGAUGCCGUUCACAUCGUUCACUUUCUGUUGGAUAAAGGAGCUUUGGAUACCGACAACAAGGGUCUUCGGCUGGCAGCUGAAGUCAGACAUUUAUAAAAAAAAAGAGCUAUUCUAUGUCAAAUGAAAAAGCGUAUUCAUACCUUCGAAGAAGAUUGCGAUCUUUCAAAUUAUCUUGUCAAAAUAGACACAAAUUCAUAUAAAUUGAACUGUUUCAGUCGAAAAAAAUAUUGGUUUUUAUCAAAAAUUCUUCAUAAUAGUUCCGGUAAUCUGUUUUUUUGAACUCUAAUUUUAUCAAACUUGUCUGAAAAAAAAAGAUUUUGCAGAGCCACAACGACAAGUUGAUGCGGGUUUUCUUAACGCGACUCGUGUUUCCCGACCCCGAGUACAAGAUCAACAAGAAGAACAUCGACGUUGGCCAAGUUUGCAGUGAAAGAAACUCGAUGGAAAUUGGAAUUUGUGCAGAUCCAAGUAGGACAGAACUUGCUGCCGUCGUCGCUGUGUCCUUCGCGAGCGGCGCAGCUCAAUUGGGCGGCCGCCAAUUUGGACUCGGUCCAGGCCGAGUGGUUCAUCGGCGCCGCGCUCCACGUCAAUCCGCGUCUUCGGACCACCAGGUUCUUCUUCGAAACUUGCGAAAAAAUUAGAUGAGAGCUCAGAAAAGAGACAUAUUUUUGUCAAGAAGACCUUUUGUAACACAAAUUUUUCUAUAAUUCAAAAGUCUUGAGUUAAUUUGAAAUUUUAGACUUUCUCUCGCCGCCAUCACUCGCGUGGACCUUUCUUCAAAUCGCUUGGCCAUAUUCCCAUCUGUGCUCUUUCAAAUGCCAUCUUUAAGGUAGUUUCACGUUUCAAAUUGAAGCAUAAAACAAAUAAUUCAGGUCUUUGAACAUGUCCGGCAACAAUUUGAAGACGAUCGAGAUGCCCAGCUACUACAUCAGCUCCACUUCGUUGGAAAUACUCAAUCUGAAAGACAAUGAACUGGAAAAUUUGACUGCGCAGGUAUUUUUGUUCAUAAUUUGGUGCUGUAAUCAUGCGAAAAAUCGUCAUUUUGUGCCUUUAAAAAGCGCGAGAAGCUCGAAAAGACAAAAUGAAAAGGGAACCUGUUGCAGCUUCUUUCUUCGCUGCCGCAGCUCCAAAUUCUGGACGUCUCGAAGAACGAGUUGGCCCAACUUCCCGAGUAUAUUUGGCUGUGUCCUUCUCUCAAAGAACUCAACGCCUCUUUCAACCGGCUGAGUUCCCUGCCGAUGGUCGCUUCAAGAAGUGCCCGCGGCGAAAGGCCCAAGCUCCAGCCCGGGCUCGUCCAAAACAUCUCUGGUUCCUUUCUCUUCAUCUGAGAUCUCAUAACCGCCAUUUCCAGUCCCCUUACCUGGCGAUAACAGUAUCAUCGAUGGCCCUUCCAACGUUACAAACCAUCCUCUGAAGCGCCAAAACGUUUGGCAGGCCGAUAUCAAUUUAUCAAAAGUUUUUUUUGUUCUGUCUCAUUAGAUUAUCUUAUGAAUUCAGGUAGACGAUGAUUCUCUUUUUCCGGACUUCCCGGUGACGUCAUCCAACACUCUGACCACCAUCAAUUUGUCGCAUAACAAAGUAUUUUUCGAAGAUAUCAUCGCAAGGAUAGGCUUAGGCUUGAAAACUUUGGCUUUUGGAUAAGUUUCUUUUUGGGAGAAAAAUAAUUUAAAACGGCUAGCAAAAAAAUAAAAAUGAAAGAGUGAGAAAUCCAAAAACUUCUUACCAUUUUGAAUAUUUUAAAGUUUUGUUUCUAAAUUUCUGCAUAAUCACGAUUUUGAAAAUCGACACUAUCAUCUCUAACAACUACGAAAAGAUAGUUUGACCUAGUUUAAUAUUGAAAUCUCAUUCAAGUUCGCCUACAAACUUUUUGAAGAUUCGAAUAUUGUGACAAGAAAUCGACUACAACAUCCAUUUUGCAGUUCCACGCGUUCCCGAUGUGCUUGGCGUGCUGCUGUCCGCGGCUUCUGGUCCUGAACAUGUCGAACAACGCGAUGACCGCUCUGCCGCCGGUUUCCUGCAUCCCGGCUCAUAUAAGAACCCUCGAUUUCUCCUUCAACAACAUCAAGGUGGCCACAGAAAGAGAAAUUUGAAACUGAAGAGAAGUUGUAGGAGAACUUCACGCCGCCGACGCAUCUGCACACAGUCUGCCACGCGGUUCCACCGUCGACGACGACCGGCGGAAUGAUGCCGCGAAGGAGAAACAGUCCUGUCCGACAGCAUAGUCAGCUUUUUCCGCUAUUUAUUCGCAAAAUAUUGGAUCUCAAUACCACUCGUAGGAGUCAUUUCUAUUGAGAGUACACUGGGAAGCUCACCUCAACGAUUUGAAUAUUUCAAGAAGAAAAUAUUCAUUUUUGCGCUCAAUAAGAUUGAACCAGGAUCACAGUAUCUAUUAGUCAAGACGCUAGCCACUGCGCCACGUUGCCAGUUGAAAAUGUUCGCCAAAAUCCACAGGAAAAAUCCCGAACAAAUAAUUUAACAGAAGGAAAAUAUCCGACGUUGGCAUCUUUUGAAAUAGAAGAACCAUUUGGUAUUUAGUUUUUUCCAUCAAAAAAAUUUUUCUUUUCUUUUCUUCUUUUAUAACUUCAAAAAAACCUGAAGAACUUCCGAAUUUUUGACUUCUAAAAGGUUUAUAGACGAAAAAAGUUCUCCUGGAAAUCUUUUAUUUUCAGGAAGCCGUUCCAAGUCGGCAGUGAGGUCGCAAAGAUCUCUGAGUGUCUCGAGACAUCAGGCCGUCGACGCCCAGAAAGAGGAGGAAUGCGUCCACAAACGUCACGACUCCUUGGAAUGGCUCAAAACUCUGAAUUUGGCCGGGAAUCGCCUCAGGACCAUCUCUGUCGUCAGAGCCGACGGAAAAGUCUAACCCAAUCACAAAUGAUUUCAAUUCCAAUGAAUUUCCAGAUCCUUAUGUCGGGUUUGAACGUUUUGGACUUGAGCGACAACAAGCUCAACGUCGUUUCUGGGGAAUUGUCGAAGUUACCUCUGCUCUCCGUCUUGAACUUGUCCAACAACACCAACAUCAAGGAGUUGCCCCCUGAUCUGGGAAUGCUUUCCAGGUGGAUAAGAAUUUCAAAAUUCACAAAGACCUGCCUUUACAAAAGCGCUUUUCAUUCCAUUCUUAAUUUUUUUUUUUCUUAGACAUUGGUAACGUCAAACAGACGUGCAGUGACCACUCUAGUAGCGUUAGAACCCUUAAGGGACCCCUAGAAAUGCUUAAAAACGUCCGAUUUCGCUCUCAUUUAACCAAUUUUCACCUAACUGGGAAAAUUUUCAGUGGCCACUAUAGGGAUCAAUAUAUCAACAUGAAUGGUUCAAUGUUUUUUUUUAUUCAUCAGAGUUACUGAAAGGAAUACUGGGUGAAAAACUACUGAAGUGGCCACUAAAUAGAGAACCUCUAUAGUAGCCACUUAAGCGGAAAAUUUCAAUUUUCAUACAUUACAGCGGGAAAAAUUUUCGAAAUUAAUAGCAUUAUCUUAAAAUUCGCUAUAAUUUGCUAUCGUCAAAAAAUAUAAAAAAGCGCCCAUGUUUGUAAUUCUUUAACUUUUUUAAGGUUAUGGUCUUUGUCUCUAAAAGGCUGCUCACUGAAGGAGCCACUUGAGUCAAUGGUGAACGUGGAAAAUUGCAAAACUGUCGAAAUUGUUGCCUACCUCAAGACUAUUCUAGAAGAGUGGGUUCGAAUUAGUUUCCCAGUCCAAUAAUGCCAUUUUAAGAUCGAAAACCUAUCAUCACUUGAGACUCAUGAUCCUUGGGUCGGACCAAGUCGGCAAAACGACAGUUUGGGACGGUCUGAGAAACGAGGCGGUUCAGAAAAGACAACCGGCCAGUGUGAGUUCAAAUUUAUUUCGAGUUGAUAAAAAACAGUGUUUUCUGCCUUGUACAUGAUACUUGGAUUGAUUGGUAAUCGCCUUAUAUUUCGCAAAAAUGUAACGAAAAAAAAACACUUUCAGUUGCUUUUACGAACUUCAAGUGGUACCUCUUCACAGCUGUAGUAGUCCAAGUAGAUUGAAUAGCAGAAUUUUGUAGAAGAAGUAGAUUUUUCGAUUUCGAACGUUUCUCGACUUUUUUCGCCUGAAAAGAAGGUUAUGAAUAAUUGAAUUAGACCCAAAAAGGAAAAAUGGGGAAUUUCAUUUUAAAAAAAAAGGGACUUUUUUACGUGAAACUUAUUUUUUUUUAGUUAUUUUCUUUCAUGAGAUUUUUUUAGCUUCAAAAAAAUUUUAUUUUAUUUUGUUUUUCACUGUGAAAUGCUAUAGAUUAAUGAAGAUAUGAAAGCUUAGUUUUUUUUAAAAAUCAAUCAAUCAAUCAGUUUAUUUUCGCAACAUCAUGAUGGUAUGAUGAUGUUGCAGUGAGGGAAAAAGGAUGGUACGAUUUUAUCUCAAGUCCGCAAAUCUCCGGAGCCGUUAUCUCAGAGUACCGUAAUCUCAAGGCGGAUAAUCUCCGAAACCACUUAUCUCCGAAAACAAAAAAGUUCAAUUUUCUUUGUCUUUUUUGCAUUUUGUUUUUUUUUUCUUGUGUUGUGCUCAGAAUACAAUCUCCGAUCCAAAUUUUUCGCCGGAUCCUAAUUUAUUCAUCAAGUUUCCACUUUCAUUGAGAAGCUGAACAAUUUUAAGUUAAGCCACUUCGAAGCUCGAGUUUCACUCUUUCUUUCUUUGCUGUCCACAUGCAAAAGUGAUCAGAAAAGCUAAAGAACAAAAAAAAUAGAAAGAAAUAUCAAUUUGAAAAUUGAAAAUUUUUUUCACUCAGUGGAGAAAAUAAAAAAAAGUUUGAAAAACGAAAAUAUUUGGCUUCCGUACGCAGUUUCGGUCGGAGAUUGUAUUCUGAGCACAACACAAGGAAAAAAUAAAAACAAAAUGCAAAAAAGACAAAGAAAAUUGAACUUUUUUGUUUUCGGAGAUAAAUGGUUUCGGAGAUUAUGGGCCUUGAGAUUACGGUACUCUGAGAUAACGGCUCCGGAGAUUUGCGGACUUGAGAUAAAACUCCGGAGAUUUGCGGACUUGAGACGUACCAUCGAAAAAGACCACUAGUUGAAUUAACUAACCCCUACUGUAAAGAAAACAAAUUUUUCUUGCUCAAUUUUUUUCAUGAUUAUAUUUCCACUUUAGUUCAAAAAAUAUUUUAGGCCGAAUCGAAGAGAAAUAAAUAAAAAAUUAAUCUAUAAAUGCGAUAAAAAAACCUCUUCUACUUCUAAAAAAUUAAAAAAAUUUCAUGCUCCUAACCUACCGCUCAUCUUUCACUUUUCUAUUCUUAUUGAUAUUUAAAAAAAGAAGCUUUGAACUUACCGGGGAUUGAUGGAGUCGGGAAGUCGAUUGAAGGGAGAGCCUUCGGACUUCCGCAGCUCGCGAAAAGAACAAAAGUGAUAUGAAUCCAAAACGAGGUCACCGUCGAAGAAAAAACAAGAAACGUGGCAACACGUGGUGAAUACGUGUCUUGUUUACGUUGAUUUUAGAAGUGAAACAAAAAUAAACAGUUCACGUUUUAUUUAUUUUUUAACAUACGUGUUCAACUUUUUUUUUCUUAAGUUUAUUCUCGCAAUUCUCUUCCACGAACAUUAUUCACAAUGGAAGUAACCAAAUAAGUUUUGGAGCAAAACAAAAUAUUCAACAUAAUAAAUAAAAUGACUCCUACCAGCUUCGCAGAAAUAUUUUUUAAAAAUUCAUUUUUGAUCAGUGAAAGAAAUUUCUUUUCGUACAGGUGUUUGAUCAUUUUGCUAUAGCUGAUUCACGGCCAGCUUGGGACGCUAAGGGGGCGUGUCCUUUCUGCGCUCUCCACGAGCCAGGCGCUAUCUCGUGCAUUAUCGUGUCAGGACCAUUUUUUCGAUGGCUCAAGCCAGCCGUGAAUCAGCUAUAGAAUGCUGCUUUGAAAAAGGCUGGAAGCUUAACUUUUUCGAAUGUGUCAAAAUUAAUCUCAUUUUUUGCUGCUUUGAAAUUUUGAUACAAUUGGGUAAUGGCUUGAUAUGGAUAAUUUGCAUUUAACAGAAUCUUUUAAAGGUAUCGUUUCUAGAAAUGAAGCACUUUCUACUCCAUUUUUGAAAAUUCGAAAGCAUAGAAAGUACAUUGAUAGCUUUGCAAUGGGUUAAUUCAAGUCUGGAUCUAAUAAGUCUUUGGGUUAUGAAAUUUCCACAAAUCAACUUUUUAAAGAUGAGUGAAUUAAUUCCAUUUUCAUCAUCCCGAUUGAACAGUUUAAAAAAGAAAUUGCAGUCAGAAACGGGCGUCGUCCGCGUGGCCGAAUGGAAGUACGAGGCGAAACGGGGAAAGGGCGAGCCGGCGCUUGGGACAGUUGGACUCACUGCUUGGGACUUUGGAGGACAGGUUGGACAGACGUGUCCUCGUGCAGUUUUCGUUCUCUCCUUCAGAGAGAAUACCACUCAACUCAUCAGUACUUCCUCUGCCGACGCUCUUUGACCCUGGUCCUGUGGCGGGUGAUGGACGGCGACGAGGCUUUGGACCAGCUCGACUCUUGGCUCGUCAACAUCCAUGUAUGUGAGAAAGAAAAAAAAUUGAAUUGUACAAUUUACAAAAGGAAGAAUUCACCGUCAUAAAGUGACAAAAGUUUAUCGAACUCUGAAUGUCUCACUAGUGUCUCUGAACUCGCCAGGAAAUGUUUUUUUUGCCAGAUUUAACUUUCUGAUGGACUUGGAAGUCAGUAGCUUUCUACACAAACUCUCCGUUCUUUUUUUUUAUGUUUUCUGUCUAAUAUUGGUGUGAUCCGGCUAAAAAGUAAAGAAUGACAUUUUUUCAAAGCUUAGUCUAAUCACUUUCCCUGCAGGCCAGAGCUCCUAACGCCACAGUCAUUUUGGUCGGGACCAACGUGGAUCAGGUCGCGAGCAACUCGAGCAAAUUCCCAGCCAAUUAUUUGGUUGACUUGGAAAACAAGGUAUCAUUCUCUUGUCCCUGCUUUUUGAAAAGGCUCUUCUGAAGGUUCGACAGCGUUUCAUGAUCGCCGACGCGGACAAAACGGGCCUGCCCCGGGUAGUCGACGUCUUGUUCAUUUCUGCCAAAAACAAGCCAGACAUCAAGGUUUUUCUAUUCUCAUCUCUGCCGCCAACUGAUUGCAGAAACUUCUCAACACGAUCUACAAAACGGCGUGGGAAGUUCGAGUCGGCAAAGAACGGGCCCUCGAGCAACAGAUCUCCUCCUCUUACGUCGCUUUGAUGAAGGUUGAGAGAGGAACUAACUUCCAGGAAUCUGAGGGAACUUUCAGAUUUCAAGAGACUUGGCCUCUGAAUUCUCGAAGGAAGGUCAACCGGCCGUCAUGACUUUCGAGGCCUACAAAGAAAGGGCCAAAAAGAGAAUGACCGGGAAACUUGGAAGGCCGUUCAGGUGUGUCCAAUUCUGUUAAUAUGGGAAUUCUCGGUAUCUUUAGGGACGAUAUCGAAUUCCACGGCGCUUGCUCGUUUCUGCACGACUGCGGAGAAAUUGUUCGGUUUGAGGUCGGAUAGGAAAAUUAAGAAAAAAAAUCACUAGAGAGGCCACUUUACUUACAAAUUCAGAAGCUUUGAAAAUUGACCUUUUUUAGGUGCAGAACUUUAGAACUAUCCAUCUUGCCGUUUCAAAAAAAUGUAAUACAUUUGAUUCGAGUAGAAAAAACUCCCUUUUAAAGCCAAAUUUCCAUUGAUUUUGAAUCAAUGAAUGAUUCAGGACGCUACUCUCCGAGAUCUCGUUUUCGUCGAUCCUCUUUGGCUCGCCGAGCUUUUGGCUGGAGUUGUAGCUCUCAGGUAAAAAAUUGAAUCUUAAAUGCUCACAAUGUAUAUGAAAAAUUGAGGCUCAACAAAGUGUUGAUGAAAAAAUAGUUAUCGAAAAUAUUUAAACUUUCAGCUUUAAUUUGUUUUUGCAAGUAUAGCACACGAAAAAAACGUGCCUACUCUUCAUCACCUUAUUCUUCAGAUCCCCUUCUUUGCCAGCUGGAUUACUUUCCUUGGAUGCUAUAAAUCCAUUAGUCAGAGGGUUCAAGACUCCGGCAGCCCUUCAACUAAAAGUAAUACAGAGAAAGAGUUCAAAACAGGUUUCAUCGAACUUUCAGGCCCAACUUCUGGAUCUUCUACACAAGUACGAGCUGGCCCUGACGUCUUCGCCCAGGCAGUUGAUCCUUCCAGGACUCCUGCCCGACGAGUACCAACUCCGCGCCGAUUUCUUCAGCAAAGCCGUCAAAGUUGCGGGAUAUGAAUCUACUUAUCUAACCCGGGUUUUUCAGAUCAAGAUGCAUAUGACGUCCUGGAGUCUUCGAUUUCCUCCUCCGCCUCCGACCACAGCCUCAACUUCCUUCGCCUACUCGGGAAACCUCGUGCCGAUUGCCAAGACUGUCCUCCACCGGACGGCCAACGUCGACGCGGUCGCCUCUUCUGAAACCAACGGGACGACGUCACCCGCUUCAGAAGACCUCAUGAUGACGUUCUCAUACGAAGACGAUCACGUGUUGAGAAGAGUCUAUGCCUUGGCUUACAUUCCUUCCGGCUUCUGGAGCAGACUUGUGACCAGGUGGAAAGCAAACGCCUCAUUUUUCACCUUCUUGCAACUUCAGGGUGAUGGGCGACAAAAACGUCUGUCGAGCUGCGGAGUCGAUCUUCGCGGCGACGUCGGAACGCGAAGCCGUCGCGAUGAAGUCGACCUGUGGGUCGCAAAUCAAGGCCGAGUGGGUCGUCUGGCAGACGGGAAUUGAGGUAUCUUUAGGAGUUUGAGACGAUCGAAAAGCUUACCAGGGAAUGGUUCCGGUUCACCGUGAGACUUCUGAAUUAGACUAGGCUUUCUAGAUGUAGUUUUUUACGUUUUCUAAAUCCGGUCUCAAAGGCGGCCCAAUACUUCGGUGAAAAAAGCUAUGGACUUGCGAAGUCCAAUAUUUUAGUGUCUGAAAUUGAGCUCAUUUUUGAUUGAUAUUGUUUUUAUACUUCUGGUAACGGAAAAGGAAUAAUGUUUUUCAAAAAAAAUUUUGGAGUUAUGAUUUUUCAAAGCUCCGCUAACGAUAAAGUUAGAGGGUGAAAAAAAUUGAAGAAAUUGUGACCCUAGGUGUUGAGGAAUUUUCUACUGGUUAAGUAUUAAAUUCAAUUUUAAAUGAAGAUUGAGAAAAGUUCAAUAAUUAAUUGCAAAUUGAAAAUGGAUCUACAGAAGUUCUGAUGUUUCGAAUCAAUAAAAAAAUAAAAAUGCAUUUUUUUCAUACUCCAAAGCCUUUUACUGCCCUCAGAAUUCUUGAAUUGGUUCCAACUUUCAUUUUGCUCAUUCCUUCUGCUGAGGUCUUUCGAAAAUACAUGACUUUAACUUCCGCCUCAAAUAAAAAAAAUAUUUGUCGCGAAUUCCUAAUCCUUAUUGCGCUUCAAAAUCUUUUUAAAUUUUUCUUUCAGCUUCACGUCAAGGGCCACUCGUUGUUUGUUCUGAAGCAGUUCUUACCUCAGGUUCCCGUUUCCGAAAUACAUUGGUUUUAAAAGAAGGCUUCUGCAGGCAGAAGUUAGGGACGUCAAUUACAACUCGGUUGAAAUGCGGGCGAAAGAUGAACAGAAACGGUGGCGGACGUGGAACACCGACGAGCACAAGCCCCUUCUGGAGAUCCUCUUCUCUUCUUUGAGGCAUUUCUGAGGAAGCAGCCCUGAAACCGGAAAAAUUACAGUAUCACAGCCGCGAUUUCCGGUGAGAAAAUGUGUAUGAAGACGGAUUUGGAAGGACGAAGUCGGCUUUUGGCUCUGAUCGUCGAUCUUCUGGACACGCUUCUGGAGGAUUGGUAAUAUUUUCGAAUCGAUAGAGUUUGAAGGAAAAAUAAGAGAAGAAAAGUAUGUGAAUUACCGGGGCUUAGUGAGAAGUUUGCCAUAGAAAGAUGCAGAAAAAAAAAUGGGAGUAUUUUUCAAUUUUUACUGUACCACUGCGAUCGGAAGGGAUCCGUUAGCGUUCGAGAUUUAAUUUAUCAGAAGUUUUUUUUUUCACAAAGAGCUAUAGAAGCAGAAUAGUUGACAGUGAAGGUAAUUUUACUCGGAAUCUUUGAAAUAUAAGACUUGAAAAAUUCUUGAUUCCCUGAAAGUCUGAACUUGGACAAAAUUCGAAUUUUUUUCGAGAACGUCCAAUUUUUUUCUUCUUUUUUAAAAAAAUUUGCGUUUAACUAGAAAUUUUUUUCCGUUCUCAAUAAUUGAUAAUUAAGUUUUCAGAAUUUUUCUACGAGUAUAUUUUUCAUCGAAUUCAAUAAAUUUCUAGGAAAAAAGUUUACCUAAUACAGGUACCCGGCGCUGGGAACUCGAUUCGUGCACUCCUCCGAAGGCGACCUCCUCGUGUCGCGAAUGGUGCCCUGUUCAGACUGUGCGGCCGACGUCGGCGUCGCCGCCCAGCGAGCAGAGGCGCGACGUUCGCACGACGACAGCGAGCUGUUGAGUCCCGGCAGCCGACAACGCACUCCUCUGAACAGGUUGUCGAGAUAUCGGGCGGCUCUUGAGAUUCUGAAAGUUCCAGCCAGUUCCGCAACUCGAAGACGGCUGGAGACGUCGCUUCGGUCGGAGUUCUUCACUGCUUCGCCAUCGAAGAGUGCAUGCUUGCCGGUAAGAAAAAAGUUGAACAGUAUGAUUUUUGAGAAGUAGUUUCAUAUAAACACAUAAAAUGCCUUUUUCCUUUGAAAUCCCUUCUUUCUAAGACAAGCUGGCAUUUCCCGAAAGUUAGGACCUUGCGCAGGUUAUAAAUCUAGACCCUGAAGCUACGAUUCAAGAGUUUCGGCUUCUAAUUUAUCCCUCUUGAAGGCCGAGAAUACGGCUGGCUGGAAUGUCCGACUCACAGCGGAGUGCACAUGCGGGACGUCGCUCCGGACACGGUGUUUGCGGACAUCGAGUGCAGUCUGUUGGUCCCUGCGGAUCAGCUGCGUCGUGGUCGGAUGUUGGGCCGUGGCGCGUUCGGAUUCGUCUUCCGCGCCACCGUAAGACUUCAGGUACUGUAAUCAAUUUAGAGGGGAGAACUCGUUUUUAAAUUCAGAAUGGAGAGCUGUGUGAAGUGGCGCAGAAAAUGCUGGAACCUGUGGACCCAGGUCCUGGCGGCAGACCUUCCGCCUUGGCUGCCUAUAAAGUGAUUACUUUCAGUGUUUUUGAAAGAAAGAGACGAAAAAGGGCUUUAAAAAAAAAAGAUGGUUUCAAUAUUUUUUCAAAAACUAUGGUGAAGUACAAAACGUAAAUGAAAUAAGUAAUCUUUCGGCCUCAAGGAAAUUUUAAUGAUUUUUGAUGUCUCAACUAAGUUUAUUGAAAUUCAUUAUCAUAUUUCUUUUUAUUUUGAUUGCCAUGGCCUUAGAAUUGAGAUCCGUGCAUCUGCGCGCAAGUAGUUUCGGUUCGGUUUAAUCGCCGAGCCAUUUCACGUGCGACCGCUGUCCUUUUAGUUUGAAGUGAACAUAUAUUCUAAUAUUUCAAGGCGGCGGCGGAUAAAUGGCGAAGAGAUUCGUUGGAAUUCGCUUGUCGGGCAUACUGUACUUCGCGGCAAGAGCUGAAUUUGCUGAGCCGCAUGCGCCAUACGAACGUCAUCGGACUUGUCGGGGUUCCUCUCAUAUUUUCUUCCUGAAUUACAGUAAUUUGAUGGGCAGGUGUGUACCUCGCCAUUGUCUCUCGUCGUGGAACUUGCGCCUCUGGGAUCUCUGAGCCAAUUGUUGGCUUCGCACAGGAAAAGCGGGGCCAAGCUGUCCUUGGGAGUGAUCAAAGAGUCCGCCGUCCAAGUUCGUUGGGAAUCCUGUCGGUUUCCCUGAUUUUUUUUUCAGGUCGCUCGUGCUCUCGAAUAUCUCCACUCGGCGCAUAUCAUCUACAGAGAUCUGAAGGUUCUUUUUUUGCUAAAUUUUAAAGAUGUCAACAACAAAAAGACAGUUAAUUCUGUAAGAAUUUAUUACAAAAUCAAGUUUUUAUAAACAUUAACUUUUUUUUUUUUGAGUUCGUCAUUUAUUUGUGGAAGUCUAAUCGGUCCUAAAAAAUCGGUCUCAAAAAAAAGUUUCAGAGCGAAAACGUUCUCGGUUGGAGAUUCCCUGCGCCUUUCAGCAAUCAACUGGACGUCCUUCUCAAACUGGGUGAUUAUGGUCCGUUUCUUCAUGUCUCUUCCGACUUUUAUCAGUGCUUUCAGGAAUUUCGAGAUCCGUCCUGCCAUCUGGAGGAGCGAAGGGCUUUGGCGGCACGGAAGGCUUCAUGGCGCCGGAAAUCGUGCGAUUCAACGGCGAAGAAGAGUACACGCAGAAGGUUUGAACGGGCCAGUCCAUCUCCCGAAAAGACUUGAAAUGAAGGUGGACUGUUUCUCGUUCGGAAUGUUCCUCUAUGAGCUGCUCACGCUCAAGUUGCCCUUCGAAGGCGAGGAACACGUCAAGGAACGACUUCUCGACGGCGCCCGGCCCGUUCUUCUCCCUCAUGUUCGUUUCGAAUCGAGUUUUUGGAAAGUAAAAAGGAUCCAGAAUUACUUAAAAUUAUGUUUUUAAAUAAAUAGCUAUUUUGUAACAGGAUAGUUUAGAAACCUCUAAAAGUUUCAAAUAGAAUAGCUCCUGACCAGGGAAAGGUUUCUGGUCGCAAUGGGGCCAAGUUCACUAGAUAUAGUUUUUCACGUUUAUUCCGAAUCUGGUCUCAAAAACGGCCGCGGAGUCCGUAAAAAAAGUUUAUUAAUAGUUUGAGGGGAUAUUCAGCAUAAUCCAAUUUUUCAUGAAUUUUUUUUUUCUCUUCUCGUAGCUGAUAUACGGCUGGCUUGAGAUAUCGAAAAAAUGGUCCUGAUACGAUAAGAAAAGGUACAGUGUCUGGUUGAUAGAGUGCGCAGACGGACCACCCCUCAAGUCUCAAGUUAGCCCUGAAUCGGCUCAAACUACGAGCCAAUGUCUGUCAACUGCGAUUUAGACAAAUUUCAAUCUUUUUCUAAUUUUUUGAACUUGAAGAAAUACGGAUAAUAAAUGUGUGAGUAAUAAGGACAAGGUCUCUGAGUUCUCUUCACAUGUCCAAAAGAAACUAUGAAAUGAACAACUGCAGGAGCUGUUGUUUCCGACGCCGAUGUUGGAUCUUCUGGUGCACUGUUGGGCGGCGAAUCCGGAUUCUCGGCCCUCUUCCUCACAACUCGUCGGGUUCUGCGCCUCGCCAGAAUUCACUCACGUCUUGGACGUUUGUGAACUAAAUGGUUGGUUUCAAUCAGGGAAUGAUAGGGGAAUAUAAGUGUUUGUAUAAAGAGAGCUUUUCAAUGAAGGCCAGGAUAACUUUUUUUCAAAAAACUAUUCCCAAAACAUUUGUCCCUAUGCUCAUUAUAACUCGAACUAGUAAAAUAUUUUUAUUCUUCCAGUUUUUUUAUUUAAAAAAAGCUUUAAUCUUCACAAACUCUCAAGUUUUUUAAUUUUUGUCAGUUUUUUUUCCAACAGAUUGAAGGAAUUUCUCAAGGCAAAAUCGCUUCUUAACGUAUUGCUCCAAAUUAAAAAAAUUUUUCAGAGCCGAAAAAUCCUCAACGAAAAUAAACUUGCCAUAGACUAAUCGCCAUUAUGGGUUUAAUCUUCAAAUUCGUAAAUUUGGACUUUUUAAAACACUGAAGUCCUAGCUGUAUUUCAUGAUUCAUUCCUACUUUUCUCUAAAAUAUGAUAAAUAUCUUUCAGAAGCCCUACCACCAACAUGUCUUCUUCCUAUCCCAAUGUCCGAUGAAAUCGAUGAUCCUGACGAUUUUGAAGCUCAGGUUUUUUUGAUUAACGAAUGUGAGUUCUAUCUUUUAAAACUAUUCAAGAUUUGGAUGAGCGGCAAAGAAAUGAACGUGAUGAGCUGUACACAGUACGGAUUCGUCGAUAACAAGGUUUUUUUUCCUUCUUCUUGGUAUUUUAAAACGUAUUUUGUAGUCCAUAGCCUUGCCGUUCCGAGCCAAGUUCCUCUCCCGAAUUCGAGAUUCGAUCUGGUCUUGUGACGAAUGCGGCCAAGUUACGGUAUUCGGUGUGACGCUGUACGAGACGGGACAUCUUCAAUUGCCGUCUUUGAAUGGAGUUUUGGUAAUAACUUGAUUCUGAGGAUAUAUUUCUCUGCUGCUUUUCCCUAUAAUAAACAGAGUUAUCCCUCAGAUUCGACCGCCCGAAUUGUUUGGAAAUGACGUCCUCGCCUUGAUUUCUGACAAACAAAUCGUUCUUCUGCGGCUGACUGAAACAAACUCGGUGAGGCGAUUAAUGUGGCAAGAAAUAAGGUCUUCUGACGUCUGUGGUUUGAGCCACCAAAAAGCGAGAAAAAGCAACUUUAUUAUGAAGAAAAAUUGAACUUCUGAUAGCCGACUUAACAUGCCGUUUUAAGUAAAAAUAAAUAAAUAAAUAUCGUUUUUGAUUAUUAAAGAAAAUUAGUUUGAAAUAUGUAUUUUACAAAGUAGGUUGAAUAGAAAUCGAUGGCGGUGAAGAGUUGGCGACUUGGAGAAAUAGAAAGUAUACGAUUUUUGACAUCUAGAAUAAAAUUUAUAGUCUAGGUGACAUGUUUCGUGGACACGAUGUUAGAUGUUUUUUAUCCCUCGGUUGAAGUUUUGGAGAAGUUUUGCUGAAGUGUACUUUAGGAUCUUUUGAUUUUAGAAAAAGAGAAAACUCUCGCAAUAGAUCUUUUUUCGGUUUAUGAAUCUUCAAAAUCUUGAAAUAGCGCUCUUUUGUCACAAUUCGCGUAUUUUGCAAACUGAAGUUUGAUAAGUCCAGAAAAAAAUUUCAUGCGAGUUUUGCGAAAGUAAAAUUGAUUACUUUCAGGUGUCUUUAAUCGGCACAUUCGACAGUCCUUAUGAAAUUCGGUGCGCUGUGCUUCUCGAUGGAAACUCGAGGUUGGAAAAACCUUGAAAAGCCUUAAAAAUCUUCUUUCGCAGACAAAUCUGGACGGGCCACGGCGAGGGACGGAUUUCGAUUCACCACCUCGCAACGAACGAUGCCUUCUCCUUCUGCAGCUCGUUCUACUUGACCGACGAGACGGCCGUCGUCCGUCAGAUGAUCGGCAGCAAAGACGCCGCCCGCGUCUGGGUUUCUGUCGAGAGAGGUAGCUUUUGA